GGGGGGGCAGAGCACCCUUGGCACCCAGGGAACGUCUAAAGAACAGAUUCAGAGGGUAAAGGAGCCAGGGAAGCCCCCUUUCCCGAUCCUCGCCAGCGCCGGCCGGGCUCGGCUCCGGGGCAGUCCUGCCGUCUGGCAGGAGCCGGGGAGAGACAUGCUGUUUUGUUUAAAUCCUCCACAUUCUUUGCCAUUUCCCCAUUGGCCGGAUGGGGCUACCCUCCCCGCCGCGGCCGCUGCUGAUGUCAGCCUCGCUGGCGCUCGCUCCUCCCGCACCCACCUCCCCGGCCCGAGGCACACUGCAGCUCCGCGCGGACUCUCCGGCCCCGGCGCGGUGGCUGCAAACUCGCGGGCACGCACGGCGCGCGGGGAGCCGAGGGACUCGGGGGAGGGGACGUGCGCGGAAGGCGCCAGCUUCCUCUCGCCCGCCCCUCGCCGCCGCGAGCCCAGGUUGGAGGAACCCCGGGCCCCAGCCCGACUGAGCCGGGCCGCGGCAGCGGCGGCGGCUUCCUUUUUCUCCCGCUGCGAGCCCUGGAGCGCCUCGGGAACCGGCCCUAAAAAGAGCAGGAAAUCUUGUUUACCGCCCGGGGAGAAGAGUCGAUCGAGCCUUUGUCUGGAAAGUCAGCAUCUCCAGCUCCGGCUGCAAUGUGUUCCUGGUGACAUUAGCAUUGGCAGACCCGCCGGAGAAGGGGGGUCGCCAGGUUCAUGUCUGCUUUCGGAGGCGGAUCGAGCGGGUGACUUUUGUGCAUUCGUUUUAAUUUUCGGAAAUCUCUCUUUUUUCCUCCCUGGCCCGCCACCGGGCAUGUCCUGAUCCGGCGGCCGCUCCUACCGCCCGGGGCUACCGAUCUGAGCGGUUCCCAGCGGGUCUCCCUCCUCCCUCCCUGGUCCCUCCCUGACUUUGCAACACAGCGUUCCGGGAGGACCGAGCUCGGCGAGGAAGAAGGCGGGGGAGCCCCGAACACCCGGACCCGAACCUUGACAUGCUCUCCGGCGGAGAGGAGGAAAACAGGAGCUGAGCGCACCGCCGGGGCUGCUUCGCCGGCCGGCUCCGAGCGCAGGGCUCCGGGCGCCCUGCCCUGCGCCUGGGCGGCAGCUUUGUUGCUUUGGGGGGCGCCCCCCGCUUCCCGCCCCGGGGGCGCGCGGCCGGCAGGACCAUGCUGCUGAAGGAAUACCGGAUCUGCAUGCCGCUCACCGUGGACGAGUACAAAAUUGGACAGCUGUACAUGAUCAGCAAGCACAGCCAUGAACAGAGCGACCGCGGAGAAGGGGUGGAGGUCGUCCAGAAUGAACCCUUUGAGGAUCCUCACCAUGGCAACGGGCAGUUCACCGAGAAGCGGGUGUAUCUCAACAGCAAACUGCCUAGCUGGGCUAGAGCUGUUGUUCCCAAAAUCUUUUAUGUUACAGAAAAGGCUUGGAACUAUUAUCCCUACACAAUUACAGAAUACACAUGUUCCUUUCUGCCGAAAUUCUCCAUUCAUAUAGAAACCAAGUACGAGGACAACAAAGGAAGCAACGACCGCAUUUUUGACAAUGAAGCCAAAGACCUAGAGAGAGAAGUUUGCUUUAUUGAUAUCGCCUGCGACGAGAUUCCAGAACGUUACUACAAAGAAUCGGAGGAUCCCAAGCAUUUCAAGUCCGAGAAGACAGGACGGGGACAAUUAAGGGAAGGCUGGAGAGAUAGUCAUCAACCCAUCAUGUGUUCCUACAAACUGGUGACCGUGAAGUUCGAGGUCUGGGGGCUUCAGACCCGAGUGGAACAAUUUGUACACAAGGUGGUCCGGGAUAUUCUGCUGAUUGGACAUAGACAGGCUUUUGCAUGGGUUGAUGAGUGGUAUGACAUGACAAUGGAUGAAGUCCGAGAAUUUGAACGAGCCACUCAGGAAGCCACCAACAGGAAAAUUGGCGUUUUCCCACCUGCGAUUUCUAUCUCAAGUAUCCCCCUGCUGCCUUCCUCGGUCCGCAGCGCCCCUUCUAGUGCCCCAUCCACACCUCUCUCCACCGACGCCCCAGACUUUCUGUCCGUGCCCAAAGAUCGACCCCGGAAAAAGUCAGCCCCAGAAACUCUCACACUUCCAGACCCUGAGAAAAGAGCCACCCUGAAUUUACCUGGCACACACUCUUCAGAAAAGCCAUGUCGGCCCAAAUUAGAGUAACUUCCUAUGAAUAUUUCAUGGGGUUUUAUAUUUUCAUUUGGGUUUGUUUUUUUCUUUUUAAGAAUCUUCUGAUAGAGAAAAAGACUGCUUUGUCCCUCAAACAUGUUCCUUCGAUCUCUGAGUGUGCAUGUGGUUAAGUACCUUCCCAUAUAGGAUUCCCCAAGGAUGCCCCUGCAUACUGCUAGAUGUAAAUUGUAAGACUUGCAAAGGACAGAAGAAAUCUUAGUAGCCGCAGCUGGAAACCAGGGAGGAAGCCUUGUUGAGCGUUUGAUGAGGUCGGUGUGGAUGUCAAGAGUACAUAAGUGAAAAUGUUGUGCCCCUGUGUUAGAAGGUGUGGUAAAAUAGCGAAGUCAGUCUCUUCUCAUCAAACCUGAAAAUUCUCAAAAAUACUCUCAGGCGUAACAUAAGUAAUUGUUAAAUUUCAAACUGUUCAUCACCAAUACUUGAAUACUAGUAGUUAAUUGAGAUUCCUAUUUUGGUUAGUCUGACUCAGGAUUUGGGGCCUAAUUAACUCUUUAAAUUUUUUGAGGAUUUUAAUUAUCAACCUAUCGUGGCUCCAAGUGCAAUUAACAGUAACUGAUUUAUACCUUUCACAGAAUUUAAUAAAGAUUCCACUUGUUUCUGUCUUUUAAUAACUUUCCCCCUGUGCCCUCGUGGCCUAAGAAAUCUUUCAGAAUUGCACGGAUGAAUGUGACCAUGACUGACUGAUUUGGGGAUGGUUUGGUUUAGGAACCAAGAGGCCCAGGUGAGGCAAACAUCAUCCAUUAAGAUUCUCGGUAUUUGCAAUUAAUUGAGUAGAACUCGUUGACUAUUUGCCCAUUCAAAGACGUUCAAGGGUAGACGAAGCUCACAGGACUUUUAACACUGUCAGAUUUCUGGUUUGGGAACCCUGAAAAAGAGAACUGUCUCCCAUCCCCCUCCUGCUUUUACUUUUAAUAACAUCCAGAUUUCCCUGGAACAGAGUGCCCAUCACUGGACCUUAAAAAAGACUGUCAUUCUCUUGCCCUUACUUGAACCCCAAAUAUUGGGAAUGUCGCGGAAGCGGAGUAAAGACUGUCGAGUGGGAGGAGAGAAGGAGCAAAAUUGCUGAUUCCUAUUUGUAGAGUAAGAAGGAGGAGCCGGAAGAGACGCCCUCUGUCUAGCUUUCUUUCCUGCAAAUGGUGGUAAUGCAAGGUGAGAAUCCAGGUUGACGGGAAGUAAGAUCAUUCAACCUAAGUGGCAGAAAACGAACUCUCCUUUGAUCGAAAGAGACAACUGCCACCGUCGCGCCUCACUGCCUUUAAACGCAGAAGGAAGGGCAAGCAGAAUCUAGCAUUUACUCUCUGUCCUCCAAGAGAGGAAGACAACAAGGUAGUUGGGCAACUCCAAGGCCCCAGCUAACCUUCCUGACCAUAACCUCCAACCUCAGGAAAGGGACCUUCCCAAAACACAGAUUCCAAAGGAAACAACAUAAACCAAGGAGUAUGUCCUCCUUCCCACACAGCCUCUCAGCCAGUGGACCCUGCCUGCUUCUCUCUCUCAGUGCUCAGCACAUGCUACAUAGUGUCUUUGAAAUUGAUAAACUCUCCCGUGGUGCAGGCGCUGGUCCCACGAACCCAGCACCGAGUAUUCUAAGUCAUACGUCAGACUGUCAAGAUCAUUUCUUUAUCUACGGGUUGACCUGUCGCUUCAUAAAUAAAUCAAUCCAGAACUCAAAGGAAACCAGUUGCAAAUAGUUUAGGUCGACAGUGCAUCUCUCUUCUCUAAGAACGACGGCUCCAUAGUAAGCGAUCUUUGCAUGGAAUAGUAGCACGAUCUCUGCUUGUGGGAAAUCUUCAUCGUCUCAGACCCCUUGGACUUCUCAAUGGUCCCCUCCCCACACAGUAGUACUUAAUGAGAAUGUUGGGCUUUAGAAGAUGAAAUUCUCCUUUCAGAAGACACUGACAUAGUAUGCAUCUUUGCUUACCAUUUGCCCGCUGAAAUCAGGAUGGGGUGGGAUUGUUAUUUUUUGCAUAGAACAGAUUUAUUUGGUGCAGGUUGUAAACACAUCUGGCACCUAGUUUUCCCAUUAAACACCAUUGCCGUUUUCUUUUUUGUAAAGUAGCUUCUGCUCUCGAGGUCAAGGACGCUGUAUGCUUGUGAAAGCUAAUUUCGGAUUUCCUUCUGUGAGUUUUCUUUCUGUUGUAGCCAGUUCAAUACCACAGACAUCAAUUUCAAAGCUGUCAAUGAUAGUGUGAUUCUUAGCCAACGAAUGUGUGUACUCUUAAAGUAUGUUCAGUUUUUCCUGUCUACACGUGGUUGUGUGCAUUUAAACGGGGCGGGGGGGGUGCAAAUAUUCCUUUAGCUGCUUUGAAUAUUUAAUCCAGUCAUCACAAGGCAUAAAUGACUUCGAUAUUUUAUCUGUCUUGAUUUUCAAGUCUCUUUUCAUAUUCUCCAUACAUGAGUUUGUUUAUUGUGGGAUAGAAGCCUGCGAUGAAUGUGUAUGUAGAACAUUAAUAAUUCCCAUAAGGAUGGAAAUUAAAUGGUUGCAUGAUGGAAACUUAGAAGAAAAAAAAAAAGCAGAAAAUUGAAUUCAUUAAGCAUGUUGGGGGAAAAAAUAGAAACUUUAACUCAGUGCCUCUGUCUGCAAUGUGGAAACUUACAACUUUGUUCACCAAAAUUGUAUUAUACCUGUAUAUAUAUAUAAAUAUAGUGAAUCAGAUGCCACCAGUUUUAAGUUUCUGGUAGCCAAAUUAAAAUAAAUAAUCCAUAGAAUAACACAUACACUCAUCCCAUCUUCAUCUCUGGUGUUAGUGGAGACCAUCAAAGUGACCGUAGAUGUCAUUACUUUGGAUGGAUUUCAAAUUACGAAAUGGCCCCGUGUUUUUCAUUGAGUGUAAUACAGCGUCGUUACUUUGGCUUUGUGCUUUCCCAGGAUAGGAAGGUCUUGAUGUUUUUACUGCAUUAACUUUAUCUGAGGUGAGCUCUGGAGGCCAUUUCAUUUCCUGCUAUUGGACUGAAAUAAAACAAAGCAAAGGAAAAGCAUGACAACAAGGAGCCUGUGGACCCUUUUUUCAGUUACCACGUAAUAACCAAAACAAUAGGCAUUCAUUGGCGAACUCAUUUAUAAACCCUUCUGCUUUGGGUUUGCGUCCGGUGUGUAGGGAACAUGGUUUUAAUUUGGGAGUAUUUAUUAGGCGUGUUUGGACCUUGAAAUAAAUUUCUAAAGAGUACAGUAGUGGGUGGAUAAUGAACACAGACACUUAAAAACAUGAGACGCCCAAAAGAAAGAUGUGAUUUUCUUUCAAGACACUGUAAUAAACGGUGACCUAAGUGAAAAGAUCCUGACACUUCUCAGAAGUCAUUUUUCCGUGAAAAUGUCAAGGCUAAUAAUGUAUGUAUGUGGAUUUUUCAAUUUUGCUUUAUUUAGCAUCUCAUCAUGGCUCAGAAACAGCAAGGUCACUGGCUGGCUUCAAUCAGGAGGAAUUUUACUUUUCCAAGGGCCAGAGUAUAAUUUAGUCACAUACAAUGUGUACUCAAAUAAUCCGAUAGAGAAAAAUAGUCUGAAUAGUUUUAGUCCCUUUCUGAUCAUCGGACUCAUCAGACUAGGUGAUGGACAACCUGCCAUUGGAGCCAUAAUUCUCGAAACUUUAAAAAAAAAAAAAAAGUCUGUUUAGUGACUGCAAUUGCUCAUAAAUAGAUCGUUUAAAACCAUUUCAUUCUUGCUGAAACUGAAAUGUAACAAGAGCACCGAGCUGACAUGCGGAGGCAACACAUACCGGGUUCUUCUGUGUUCUACCUUCAAAACAAUCUGUUUGCAUUUGAAAUAGAAGUGUUUGAGCUUUUUAGGAGUUAGUGCAAUAGAGAAUGUGAAUAUGCUAAGAACUCGUCAGAUGCCGUUACUAAUUAUACUUUUGUUGUUAACAAGUGCUUUAGGAUAAACCUCAAUGUUUUUGCUUCAAGUUGAAAGCAUGUCUGUUGAAUUGCAAGUCUCCCUUCAGUUUCUGUGUAUCACCAAUAAGAGGUUCUUUGAGUUGUUGUUAAUGCCUAUGCCGCUUAAAUGUAGCUUCAAAGUGUCACUUUUAGGGUUUACAUUUCAAGCUGGGAUCUUGAUUAGUUACAUAUAUUGAGUCAAAAUAACACUGCCACUGCAGAAGGACCAAGUUUUGGAAUGCACAGUGUUACUGACUACAAGCAAACAAGAGUUGAUCCUCACACAUGCCAUCCUUCUGUGUCAUUUUAUGGCUGUUUUGUGUUUUUUUUUCCCCCAGUUAUUUAUUAUUGUUAAUAACUUACUUUUUCUUACAUUCUGGUGUAAAUAAACUACAAAGCAAUCUUC